UGCUCGCGGCGAUGAAAUAUUUGGUUUUGUUGGAUCUGCUCCCAAUCUCCGAGAUGUGCAUUUGAGUGGGGAAACUUUCGAAGAACUUAAGUAUACAUCUGACCCAACGCACAGACUUGACCUCCCUAGUUUGGAGACAUUGACUCUUGCACAAUUCUCACAGCAUAUUUGCGGCCUAAUCGCCCGAUCCUUGACGACAUUUAUUCUAUUCUCCCUUGAUGCACGCGUGCGACGAAGGCGGGAAGACGACGACAGUUGGCAAUCUGGCAACGAUGGCAAGGAUGCUCUGCGUCGCAUGAGCGCUGAUGUGAUCGAAUUCAUGGCCGAUCAUGCUGCCACAAUAAAGACACUUACUCUGCUGGAUUGUGUGGAGUUCGAGAGCCUUCAGUCACGCGCACCGUCGGGUAUUGAAUUUCCACGACUCGCUCAUGCGUCCAUGUGUUUGGAUGAUCCAAUUUUGGGAUGCGCAAGCGCCCCAAACGUGCAAACUCUUGAGCUCCUCCCUGCGUUGUAUUCGUGUGACUGUCCGAAUCUCGAUGGGUGGAAAGGCGCUGAAGUUCUUAUUUUGGGAAAGGUGAUGGAACCAUUUCCACAUCUGGCUGGUUUCGAUUCACUCCUCCGGUUACGCAUUCACGUUGAUCCAUCCCAUGAGAGAACGAGGGCGUUGGAGGCACGGUUUCUAACAUGCUUGGCGGAACCUUUCGAGAAUUUGACGUGGCUUUGUCCAAAGCUUAGAAUUUUUGAAGCUUUCGUGUUCGAAUCUGCUGAACUGGUAGGCCUUACUUGGCCUGGGAGACUGCUGGAGGAGCUUGUAGAUGAUGGAAGCAGCUACCAUUAUACCUCGAUGGCAACCACAACAGAUAGCUAUGGAACGGAUUGGGAAGACACCGAAGACUGGGAAGAAAGCGACUUAGACUUGCAUUCUGAGGAUCUUGACCAGGAUUCUGGGGAAAUCAUACCACUUGAAGAGGAUGAAGAAGCGGAGGAAGCGGCGGCUACGAUAGGUGACCUCCAUUCAGACACAGAAAUGCGAGCAGCGCAGUUGGAUGUCCUUUCCUCUCUUUCCUUGCCCUCCGCACAUGGACCUGACAACCCGCCGAGAUCGUCGUGUAGUGCCCCUGUCGUGCUCCGCUGGGACUUGAUCAAAGCGGUUGUGGAGGGGAGGUUAAGUGACAGCAGUAGUCCAAUCUCGAAACUUGUCGUGAAACGGGGUCGUUUUAUCACCCAGGAUCUGGCACCCCCAGACGAUUUGAGGGAAUGGUUCGAGAGCCGCCCCGGACUCGAAUUUGUGGUGGAAUGAUACGUUUUCAGUUUGUGUGAAAUGUAAGAUUAGGAAUUAU